CCCAAAUCACGCUCACGCGUUCUGGGUAUUAAAGCGCCCCCCCGCCUCGCCCCUCUCAGCCUUUUCCCUCCUGCAUCAUCAUCACACCCACUUCCACACAUUCACACCUCAACCAUAAACAGCUUCAUUACAACUUCAACCAUCACAACCACCAACAAUGGCCCGCACCAAGCAGACCGCCCGUAAGUCCACCGGUGGCAAGGCUCCUCGCAAGCAGCUCGCCUCCAAGGCCGCCCGCAAGAGCGCGCCAUCAACCGGUGGUGUCAAGAAGCCUCACCGCUACAAGCCCGGCACCGUCGCUCUCCGCGAGAUCCGCCGCUACCAGAAGUCGACUGAGCUCCUCAUCCGCAAGCUCCCCUUCCAGCGCUUGGUUCGUGAGAUUGCACAAGACUUCAAGAGCGACCUUCGCUUCCAGUCUUCCGCCAUUGGUGCUCUCCAGGAGUCCGUCGAGUCUUACCUCGUCUCCCUCUUCGAGGACACCAACCUGUGCGCCAUCCACGCCAAGCGCGUCACUAUCCAGUCCAAGGAUAUUCAGCUCGCCCGCCGCCUCCGCGGCGAGCGCAACUAAGCUGGCGCAUUAUACAUGGUGAUGGUUUGGCGGCGUCUCAACAAUACCUUUUGCGGUUCACGACAUUUGCUUUGAUACGAUGGAUUCACGGUUUGGGGGCAAUCAGGCGUUAAGAUGAGAACAUUUCGGGGUGUACAAUACAUUGCGGCAAGGGCCCUUGUAGCAAUGGAACAGAGGCAUAAAAACCUCAUGAUGAAUACUUCACACAACA